AUGUUAAGGCAGGUCAACAAAUCACCGAUACAGAAAUAUUUACAAAAAACACAGUUACUAAGGCCAAGUAGUACACCUCGAAUAUACCCUCCUAUACUAUGCAAAAGAACAAUUUUCAGUUCAAAUACAGCGCCUCAAGCUGCUAAUAAGUAUCUCACAGAAUUAAAAACAAAUCCAUUAAGUGGGGCUAUUAUUUCGACUUCCGCUCUAAGAAACUUGAAUAAUUUGCCCAAUUUCAAAAGAACGUAUGUCCAAAUGAGAAUGGAUCCAAAUCAGCAACCAGAAAAACCAGCUUUAGAACAAUUCGGUACAAAUUUGACAAAAUUAGCCCGCGACGGUAAACUAGAUCCCGUCAUUGGUAGAGAUGAAGAGAUCGCAAGGGCUAUUCAAAUUUUGUCGAGAAGAACGAAGAAUAAUCCAUGUCUGAUUGGUCGAGCAGGUGUUGGUAAAACUGCUCUCAUUGACGGGUUAGCUCAAAGGAUUGUUGCUGGAGAGGUUCCCGACUCGUUGAAAGAUAAAGACCUGGUAGCAUUAGAUUUGGGAUCUUUGAUUGCUGGUGCUAAAUAUAGAGGUGAAUUCGAAGAACGUUUAAAAAAGGUCUUGGAAGAAAUUGAUAAAGCCAAUGGUAAAGUAAUUGUUUUCAUUGAUGAAGUUCAUAUGUUACUGGGCUUGGGUAAAACUGAUGGUAGUAUGGACGCUUCCAACAUUUUAAAACCCAAGCUAGCUCGUGGGUUACGUUGUAUAUCUGCAACUACCCUAGAUGAGUUUAAAAUUAUUGAGAAAGAUCCCGCUUUAUCAAGAAGAUUCCAACCUAUCUUAUUGAAUGAGCCAAGCGUGUCCGAUACAAUUUCUAUACUGAGAGGUUUAAAAGAAAGAUACGAAGUUCACCAUGGUGUAAGGAUUACUGAUACAGCAUUGGUUUCUGCUGCUGUUCUUUCGAAUCGUUACAUAACAGACAGGUUUUUGCCUGAUAAAGCCAUCGACUUAGUCGACGAAGCUUGUGCUGUCCUACGUUUACAGCAUGAAUCCAAACCAGAUGAAAUCCAGAAAUUAGAUCGUGCUAUUAUGAAAAUUCAAAUAGAAUUAGAAUCUUUGAAAAAAGAAACCGACCCAGUUUCUGUCGAAAGAAGAGAGGCGUUGGAAAAGGAUUUAGACACAAAAAAUGAUGAGCUAAAUAGGUUAACCAAAAUAUGGGACGCUGAAAGAGCGGAAAUUGAAUCUAUCAAAAAUGCGAAGGCAAAUCUGGAACAAGCAAGAAUUGAGUUAGAAAAAUGCCAGAGGGAAGGCGACUAUACUAAAGCAUCCGAGCUGCGCUAUUCCAGGAUUCCUGACUUGGAGAGAAAAGUGGCUUUGAGUGAAAAGAGUAAGGAUGGAGAUAAUGUGAAUUUACUGCAUGAUUCCGUUACCUCUGAUGAUAUUUCUAAGGUUGUUGCGAAAAUGACUGGUAUUCCUACAGAGACCGUGAUGAAAGGUGACAAAGACCGUUUAUUAUACAUGGAGAAUUCCUUGAAGGAAAGAGUUGUUGGUCAGGAUGAGGCCAUUGCGGCCAUUUCUGAUGCUGUACGCCUACAAAGGGCCGGUUUGACUAGUGAAAAGAGACCAAUCGCUAGCUUUAUGUUCUUGGGUCCUACAGGUACUGGUAAGACAGAAUUAACCAAGGCUUUAGCUGAAUUCCUAUUUGAUGACGAAUCGAAUGUGAUUCGUUUUGAUAUGUCUGAAUUCCAAGAGAAACACACCGUUUCUCGGUUAAUAGGUGCGCCUCCAGGUUAUGUUUUGAGUGAAUCUGGUGGCCAAUUAACGGAAGCUGUUAGAAGAAAGCCAUAUGCGGUCGUUUUAUUUGAUGAAUUUGAGAAAGCGCAUCCUGACGUUUCCAAACUUUUGUUACAAGUAUUAGAUGAAGGCAAACUAACUGAUUCCUUAGGUCAUCAUGUUGAUUUCCGUAACACAAUUAUUGUGAUGACCUCAAACAUAGGACAGGACAUUUUGUUAAACGACACGAAAUUGGGUGACGAUGGUAAGAUUGACGCCGCGACCAAGAAUAAAGUUAUUGAGGCAAUGAAAAGGUCAUACCCACCGGAAUUUAUCAACCGUAUUGAUGACAUUCUAGUCUUCAAUAGAUUAUCCAAGAAGGUUUUGAGGUCCAUUGUUGACAUUAGAAUUGCAGAGAUUCAGGAUCGUUUAGCGGAAAAAAGAAUGAAAAUUGAUCUAACUAAUGAAGCAAAGGACUGGCUAACUGACAAAGGGUAUGAUCAACUAUAUGGUGCAAGGCCAUUGAAUAGAUUAAUUCAUAGGCAAAUUUUGAAUUCCAUGGCAACUUUCUUAUUAAAGGGCCAAAUCAGGAAUGGUGAAACUGUUAAAGUUGUGGUGGAAGAUGGUAAGCUUGUUGUAUUACCAAAUCAUGAGGAAGGAGAAGUUAUUGAAGAAGAAACUGAAAAGUAA